AUGCAACAGGAUGAUAAUACAGAGUGUCAGAACUCUCCGAACGGCCAAGUUUGGGUCUAUGAUGAAAAUGUUGUAGAAUGGAAGCGAGGGGCGGAAACUCUAAGAAGAUUCGAGUUUCCGGGCGAAAAAGUGUUCAAAGCAGGAUUUGUGGACUUCGAAACUGUAUCGAACUGUCUCGUAAUAAUCCUUGAGGAUCGCGCUCAAAUAUACUACGUUACUCGGGGCGAUUCCAACACUGUUAGCUUCCCAUUUUGCAUAUGCAAGGCGUUCAUCCAUCCCAGUGGCGUCAUCUUAGAGAGGCGAGUCUUGGAAGACUCAUCCCCUCCUAAUUUUUCCAGAGCUAGCACCCCGCUUCUCAGGCACCGCUUCAUAACGCUUACAGAUCCACUCAAUUUGUUUGGAUCUUUGGUAAUUGCAUCGUGUGCUCAGGAGCAGGAGAACAAACUUGCUAUGCUACAUUUUCCAAGCUCUUCGGAUCACCAUAUAGGUGUGCUCUAUGACAGCACGACCCAGAACCUCUCUUUCCACAAUGUGAAAAUAUUGUCUGCCCUGAAGCGCUCGAAUCCAAAUUCGAGACAAGAUCCCACUACCAUUCCAAAGCAGCACAGGAAGAAAACCUACACACCUUAUGUAGGUGACCCGGUUGCCGGCCCAUCACGAAGCUUCAGCGAUAAGCACAAUGUCCCAUUGAAUCGACGUGCCCUAUCAAUCGACCACAAUGGUUCUAUUUCCUCUUCAACCUCGGGUCCUUUGUAUAAUGGUUCCAAUAGCGCCAAUUCUCUCUCCACCGAACUGACCAGCAAUCUUCGGAAAAUAUCAAUUAUGAAUAGGAGAUCGGUAUCAGGAACUGUAGGGGUAGAUGGUGAUCAGCCUCAGCUCGUACAGUUACCUACCACAAAUAUGCACCAACUAAAUGCGGAAAAUAUCAAGCGAAGCACUUCUGCUACGUUAGACAGAAUGGGAUCUGGGAGCAUACUAGACAUCAGCCCUUCUCACACGUCACAAAUUUCACAAGAAUUAUUUGACCAUACUGUCUUGAACAAGGACGUGUUACUAACGAAGAUUGCUCACGCAUCAACUCCGAAAAAGCUUUCUUCUAGAAUUAGAAUUUUGAACUGCCGAUUUGAAGACAAAGAGGCUCUUAUUCUGCAUGACACAGAGAAUCAAUGGGGUAAAGUAUGGAUUUUUGACCUCAACUUAUCUCUGACGGAAAAUAUGCGUUAUAAAGCUCUUAACAACAGCCCAAUAGCAUUAACAAGGAUUAUAGAUAUCAAGUGGUCCAUGGUGAGCAGCUUUUGCAGUUUUGACAGCGAAAUACUGUUUGGGUUUAUUAUGCUGUUGAGCAGCUCAAAGGAAGAGGUCACGCUGUACAAUCCAUUUCUAAACUUAACAUCUAAUCCUAUUCAAUUGACCCCAGACAUUCAUCAUGAUUCCCUAUACUACGCUAGAGACAAUCGCUUACUGACCAGGCAAAAUUCGGCCUGGUUGCCGCUAACGAUUGUACCUGAACUCUCUAGCGUUAAGCACUGCUUUCAAGCAAUCAGACUACUCUGUGAUUCUUUUACUUAUUCAUACAUUGCUCUUCUUUGGCAAGUGGCUCGAAACAACCUCUGCAGGCCAGCUAUCGAGUCUGCUGAUUUUUUGGCUCUGAAGUUCACCUUGGUCGGAUUAAUUCAGCUGAGAGAUCUUCCUGCUGAGGCAAAUGUUACAAUAAAUGCUGUAAGACAAUGCCCAGUCUUCAGUAAUUCGUUAGAUGGAGCUCGAUUUCUGCCUAAAAUUGUGAUGGGAUUACAUCUGAUUAGAGAGGAGUACCAAUUAAACCUAUUGCAACGAUUACAAGUUCAACUAUUGGGAGAAUUACUAUGCUUGUUAACCAAGCUCAUGCACUGGCCAAAUUUAUGGCAAGAGUUUUACGGUGGAAAUGACCCUAGUGAUGAAUCAUAUCCUGUUUCCGAUCAAAAAUUUGCACAUCCUCUUGAUCAACCGCCAUCGAUAAUAAGGUCUCUUUACAGUGCGACUGAUGGAAGUACCAUACCAGUGACCCCUUUCAUUACAUUCUCCCGCCUGCUGGAUGAUGGUUCGACUGUCGAUCACAUUGUUACUCCACGGACACAUAAGAUGCUACAACUAUUUGAGGGUUUCGAUUCGACUGCUUACUCCCAUAGUGACCUUCUGGCCAUCAUAAAUUCCUUACAUAUUGACCAAGGUGAGUUAGAAACCUAUCCCUUGGGGAUAUACGCCCCUCUUAAGGGGAUCUUGAAGUCCAUUGAAAAGCAAAUGAGUGAUUCUAACACGGAGUUAGAUUUUUCGCUCAUCGAACGCUCUGAUCUGCGCCUAAAUGCGCAAAAUUUGAGCUCUAUUCAGUCCGAUAAUAUUCAUGGUAAGAAAGCGACUCUUGUUUCGAGGAUCAUAACUGGAGAUGGAACCUCGCAAAGGUAUAUAUGCAAAAAGGCAUCAAUCAAAUCAAUCAAAAUGAUGGUAGAAGAAGUCAUAAACCUGACCACCGAUAAAGGGGAUGACCAACUGUCAAUCAAAAACAAUCCAGAAGAAAUAGGCGAUGGACAGGCCCUAAAAAGAAAUGCCUCACUAAUAUUUUCCCAGGACAGGCGAUUCUUCGAUGCGGUUGAAUUUCUUCACUACGGCAUUCCUCAUAAAAUCAACUUACACAUCCUGGAGAAGACCUAUACCAGAAAUCUUCAAAAGAAAAGAAUAUACUCUCAAAUAUCGGCCUUGAGGACUUUUACCUCUGCUAUUGGUUGGGGAGCUGUGGCAUUUGCAACUGAGAGACCGCUAGCUACUCAAAAGUGGCCCCGAUCACGACUGAAUCUCCAUUGCACUUUUCCUGAUAAAACAACAGUUUCUGUAGAUCCAUCUACUUGCGACCCAAAUCUACUCUCAUGGGGAGAGUUUCAUGGAGGUGUGAGCUCAGGUUUGAGAAUUUCUCCCAAAUCUGCUGGUAUCACAGGUAGUUGGAUAACAUUUGCAAAACCGCCGGAACUUGAUGCUCAGCACGGAGGGUUACUAUUAGGCCUUGGGUUGAAUGGUCAUCUGAAAAAUCUUGAAGAAUGGCAUGUCUACAACUACCUCAGCCCUAAGCAAACCCACACAAGUAUCGGUCUGAUGCUCGGUAUGAGUGCAAGCCUAAAGGGCACCAUGGAUCUCAAGCUUACCAAAGUUCUGAGCGUUCAUAUUGUAGCCCUUCUUCCUCAAGGCUCGAGUGACCUUAACGUCAAUUUCAGGGUACAGACCGCAGGUUUGAUUGGGAUAGGACUGUUAUAUCUCAAUAGUCAGCACAGGAGAAUGACAGAUAUGCUGUUUUCACAGCUGACAUCCUUUGUAACCAUAAAUGAGGAGGCGGCACCUGAUGAGGGCUAUAGAAUGGCUGCUGGCGUGGCAUUGGGUCUAAUUAAUCUUGGAACUGGUUCCAUGUCAUCUCUUUCCCAAUCAGAAGAUCCACUGGAAGACCUUGUCUCCAAUGAAAGCGACACUGAGAACGACAGAGGUUCUGACCUUCAUUUUAGGGCGAACGGUGGUGUUUUGGAUCCUACUGUUUCGACAGGCUUGUUGAAUCUUGUGAGUGGCGCUCAUGACACGGAAGAGAGUUGGAUGUCUGCAAACUCUCAAAUUGGCACUGUUGUAGCACUUAUGCUAAUCUAUCUGAAGACCAACAACCAAGCAGUCGCCGGUAGGUUGGCACCAGGUACAGGAGAGAUGAACAUGAAAUUGAGGCCUUAUAUGCGGCCCGAAAUGUUUAUGUACCGUGAGUGGGCCCGUCAUAUGAUAUUGUGGGAUGGGAUCGAGGGUAGAUUGAGCUGGCUUUUCGACGAUUUGGACCUCACACACUCGUUGACUCUGGACACGGAUUCUUUGCCGCAAUACUACUGCUUAGCGGGCCGCACCUUGGCCGUGGGUCUCAAAUUUGCGUCGAGUGGUGAUAAAGCCCUUCGUGAUGACCUUCUUUAUAUGAUUGACAAGCUAUUACCACUCUACCAAUGCUCAGUUGAUAUGAGACUAGAUUUCCAAUUGGCCAUAAAGGCUAUUAAUAUUUUGAUAAACGUCCUACUCGUGUCUGUGAGCAUGGUAAUGAGUGGUACGGGAGAUCUUGCUGCGCUCAGACGAAUUCGAUUUUUACAUGAAACCAUUACGGGAAGGCACUCCGACUUAUUUCGUGCUGCGGAGAACAAAAAGGGAGGUGCCCGAGCAAGAGGUGCCGGCUUUGCUCAAACGGACGACAAUGAUGAGGUUGGUUCAGGUGCACCGAGCAAUUUCACGGAAGCUCACGCUGCAAAUCCUGGGGUAGGGGGAGAAGAAGAAGAAGAAAAUGAAGAUGACGAAGACGAAGACGACGAAGACGAGGAUCAGGGAAACUUUUCGACGAUGGAUACAAAUACUGGAAGUAAUGGUGGUGAAGGGCAACAUUGGAAGGACGAGGAGAACCACUUCGGCAAGUAUAUGGCCACGAGUAUGUCUCUAGGGUUUUUAUUCCUCGGUUCUGGUCAGUACGCUUUCAAGACUUCAAGUCUAGAUUGCUUGGCAUACCUUAUUAUCUCAGUGUUACCUACUUACAUGAAUCCCCAUUGUUUACAAGAGACGAGACACUUUUGGAGUAUGGCAGUCGCGUACAGAAGUUUGAUAGUCCGCGACUCGAAGACCGGUGCUAGUUUAAACAAAGUACCAGUGGAGAUUUUAAUGAAGCCACGAAAGGGUGAUGUUAACCCAAAGAUAAUGAAUCUUUUUUCGCCCUGUUUGUUACCUGACGUGAGAAAUAUAAAUUCUAUAAGAGUCCUGUCCCCAGACUACUAUCCAGUUUCCUUGACUUUCAAGGAUGAGCAAGAUAGCAGCAAUUUUCUCAAUAACGGUUGUGUCUUGUUUGUCCAACCAAAAGAUGAGUCAAUAGAGGGUUGGGAAGUAGCUGAAAACACGACGGAUAAAAAUCUGGAGGUAAAAUAUGCCUUCGGGAAAAGUCAGUCUAAGACAUUUCCCCACUCACCUAAUGGCAGUCUUUCCAAUAGAAACUUAGUUCAGCUCUUCACAGAUCUGGGUAUUACAAGACAAGAAGCGCUGGAUUUUGGAAGUGAGAUUUCUAAGCUUGAGAAGGACCACAGGCCCCUGCCAGAUGAAAAUCUUCUAAUGUCUUGCCAAAAUAAAAGCCGAAGAUACCAAUUGGAGCUCUGGAGGUGCAGCCAUAACUUGUAA